AUGGUGCCUCCAGAAAUAAUAUCCCGACAUAAAAGAGAAGCCAACCUCAAUGAUGAAGACAGAAGUUCAUUCAAGCACUUCAUCAAAAAGAAACCAGAUUUCCAAUUAAAGAUAAUAGACGAUAAUACAGACACCAUACCCCAAGCAAUAACAAGCAGCAAGUUACACAGCAUCAAUCACGAAUCUGAGCGGGUGAGUGCCACGACGGAGAAAGUGCGCGUGCGCUUCCUGGUCAAGUGUCGACGCUGUGAGAUGCCACUGACCGUUGACGAAGACGUGUUGUCUCCAGAUGUGGUACUGGUUCCAGCGGUCGUCGUCCUGAGCGUGGCCGUGUUGCAGCUGCGGCAGCGAAGGAAGCGGCGGGGGCGGCGCGGGCGGCAGCAACUGGGGCGGCGGCGCGGGCGGGCCCAGCGGCUGAAUGGGUUGGUGCUGAUACUCCAUAGGUUCGAGUCGAGGCGUUCGGGACGCGCUCGCUCAGUGAUCACUCAUCGCGGUGGGCGCGGAGAACGCGGCGUGCAAGCGCGGCGGCGUGCGGCGCGCGACUGCCGAGCGGAGGGUCCGCGUGCUACUGCGCCCCGCCGCGCGCCCCCCCUGCACUCCCCCACUCAGCUCAACCAAUACUUCCGAGCACGCAACACUCAGUUUUAA